AUGUAUCAGACGCUGAUCCUCAUAGUCUUGUACCUCUCAGCCCUGGCCGCUGCUCAACCACCGGCAAAUCUACAACCAGCACAAGUUGAAACCAUAAAUCUGCACCGCAGUUGCUCAACCUUAUUUAUCGAGUACCCAUUACGACAGCUGCCAGGUGCCUUUGCGGGUUGGCCUGACAAAAGGGACUCGUCGACCCCGAUCGGAUCUGCAAGGCGCGCUACUCGACCACCGCCACCGGAGCCAUUCCUGGUGGGCAAUUGCAGCACUCAGGGUGGCCAGUUCCGGAUGACAAAUCUGAGCUUGAACAAUUGUCUCGGGUGGCGAGACGAGGGGGAUUCGGGUUCGAAAGGGGCGGAUGCCGUGACUGUACCUAUGCAUAUGACAGUCAUGGAUUUUCGGGUUUUCUUGUUUUCCAACUUGGCUGUAGAUGCCGUCAUUCUUCGCCGCCAGGAUAUAGGGAGUUCACGACGCCAGGAGUGA